AUGAGGAUUGAGGGGAUUUUCUACUUCUUGGAAAUUUUCUGGAACCCAUCAAAGAUUUUCAGAGAAGAGUUUUCUUGCGAAAAACAUGGGCUAUGGAGGCGUGAGCAGAGAAACAGAGCAGCCAAGCUAGAAAAACAGCUAAAAACAAGAUGGGCCGUUGAUGGGCUCAUUGAUGAAGAACUCAAUCGUUUUCGGGCCCAAUACAACAAGGCCAUAGUCCCAACCAAACUCAGAGAUGUGGCCCAAUUAAUCAUGCCUAAAUGGACUCCUUCACCAGAACUAGCCACAUUGACUUGGUUAGGCGAUUGGCGGCCCUCAACUAUCUUGGACCUUCUUCAACACUUGGCCCACUCAUCUGCAUUUUCAAAAUCUUUACCAGAUUCAGUUGCUAUUGAAGUGGCAUUACCUCAAUUGACAAAUGAAUUACGUAUCGAAGAGGCGGUGAUUGAUGAGGAAAUGGCUGAGAUCCAGUCCAAUUGUAUAUUGCAUCUUCCAUUUGGCCCAAAGAUGAAGGCCCAAAAGGGUGAGAAUGCAAUGGCUUGUAUCCAAUCUGAGUUUAAAAAGAUCCAUAGGGUUAUUACUAAGGCCCAAAAUUUGAGGCUAAAGGCAAUGGAAAUGGCAGUGAAGAAAGUGUUAAGCAGAACAGAUGCAGCAGAAUUCUUGGUUGCUUUUGCUGGAAUUCAAGACUUGGUUCACCAAUGGGCUACACAACACAAAUUGCGCACAGGCCCAGUUUCUAUACGUACUAAAGCCCCGAAGUCUGGUAGCCCGCUGAAGUAGGCCCAUUUGAGUAUAAGGAUAAUCGUAUGAUAUUCAAACUGCAAUUACGUACUCAUUGUACGUUUAGAAUUUUCAUUGUUACUUUUGGAAUGGCGCCUCAACUUUAGCAUUAGCCUUUUAUGGGCAGAAACUUUGAGCUUUCUGUAAACAGUCUUGUGUAAUUGCGUAUAUACUCCUUAUAUUUUAAAUUCUAACACUUG